AUGCUAGUUCCAACCCACGAGCUGACAAGCCCUCCGGCCCAGCCCCUGGCCCUCUUCCGACCCAGCCCCUAUCCCUCCUCCAGCCCAGCACCAGCCAACCUCCGGCCCAGCUCCGGCCCAGCCCCUUGCCCUCCUUUAGCUCCGGCCCAGCCAAGCUCCGGCCCAGCCCCUGGCCCUCCUCCAGCCCAGCUACGGCCCAGCUCCGGCCCAGCCCCUGGCCCUCAUCCAACCCAGCCCAGCUCCGACCCGGCCCCUGGCCCUCCUCCGGCCCAGCCACUGGCCCUCCUCCAACCCAGCCCAGCCCAGCUCCGACCCAGCCCCUGGCCCUCCUCCGGCCCAGCCCCUGGCCCUACUCUGGCCCAGCCCCUGGCCCUCCUCCGGCCCAGCCCCUGGCCCUCCUCCAGCCCUCCUCCGGCCCAGCCCCUGGCCCUCCUCCGGCCCAGCCCCUGGCCCUCCUCCAGCCCAGCUCUGGCCCAGCCCCUGGCCCUCCUCCAGCCCUCCUCCGGCCCAGCCCCUGGCCCUUCUCCGGCCCUCCUCCGGCCCAGCCCCUGGCCCAACUCCGGCCCUCCUCCGGCCCAGUCCCUGGCCCUCCUCCGGCCCAGUCCCUGGCCCUUCUCCGGCCCUCCUCCGGCCCAGUCCCUGGCCCUCCUCCGGCCCAGUCCCUGGCCCUCCUCCGGCCCGGCCCAGUCCCUGGCCCUCCUCCAGCCCUCCUCCGGCCCAGCCCCUGGCCCUUCUCCGGCCCUCCUCCGGCCCAGCCCCUGGCCCUUCUCCGGCCCUCCUCCGGCCCAGUCCCUGGCCCUCCUCCGGCCCAGCCCCUUGCCCUCCUCCAGCCCAGCUCUGGCCCAGCCCCUUGCCCUCCUCCAGCCCAGCUCUGGCCCAGCCCCUGGCCCUCCUCCGGCCCAGCCCAGCUCCAGUCCAGCUCCAGCCCAGCCUCUGGCCCUCCUCCGGCCCAGCCCCUGGCCCUACUCCGCUCCGGCCCAGCUCCUGGCCCUCCUCCGGCCCAGCCCCUGGCCCUCCUCCGGCCCAGCGCCUGGCCCUUCUCCGGCCCUCCUCCGGCCCAGCCCCUGGCCCUACUCCGGCCCUCCUCCGGCCCAGCCCCUGGCCCUCCUCCGGCCCAGCCCCUGGCCCUCCUCCGGCCCUACUCUGAAUAAACUCCGGCCCAGCUCCGGCCCAGCUCCUGGCCCUCCUCCGGCCCAGCCCCUGGCCCUCCUCCGGCCCAGCCCCUGGCCCUUCUUCGGCUCUCCUCCGGCCCAGCCCCUGGCCCUCCUCCGGCCCAGCCCCUGGCCCUUCUCCGGCCCUUCGCCGGCCCUUCUCCGGCCCUUCUCCGGCCCUCCUCCGGCCCAGCCCCUGGCCCUCCUCCGGCCCAGCCCCUGGCCCUUCUCCGGCCCCUCUCCGGCCCUUCUCCGGCCCAGCCCCUGGCCCUACUCUGGCCCAGCUCCGGCCCAGCUCCGGCUCAGUGGUACAUCGAGUGUUACAUGUGGUGGUUGUGGGGAGACCUCAAACCCCGAGGCUCAGCAUGGCUCCUCCCGCUGUGGGCUGAGGCAUCAGCAGCAAGGCCCCCAGCCCACACUCCUGGCAUCAGCAGCAAGGCCCCCAGCCCACAGUCCACAGUAA